GUUGAUCCUAUCCUUUCUGCAAGUGCGCUUAGCUAGUAAAGACACCCCAAAAGAGCUAGACCUUUCUAAAGCAGCAGUCUGAGUUAAUUAUCUUCGGAAAAAAAUUAUUGUUAUCUGAUGGCAACAAAUGAGUAUGAAGUUGAUGGACUGAAGAUGAUGGAGGAACUGACCAUCAAUGCUCAUCAAGUACAAGAACAGGUAUUGGGAGAGAUACUUAAGCGAAAUGCAGAAACAGAAUAUCUGAAGGGAUUCCUUAAUGGCCAAAGUGGCAAGCAACUCUUCAAAAACAAUGUUCCCGUUGUUACUUACGAAGAUAUCAAGCCUUACGUUGAUAGGAUUGCUAACGGUGAGCCAUCAGACAUCCUUUUAGCUGAACCUGUGAUUGAGUUCCACCGAAGCUCUGGCACUAGCGGCGGGCAGCCAAAGUUAAUACCUGCCACGGUUGAACUUUCAAAGAAAAUGGCAGUAUUUCAUACCCUGUCAGCGUCUGUGCUGAACAAGCACUUUGGUGACUUGAACCGAGCUGGAAAAAGUAUGGAACUUAUGUUUGUCAAACCAGAGAUUGAAACCCCUUCGGGCCUCAAGGCUAGAUCUGUCACAACAAGCUUAUUCAAGGACAAUGGCUUUAGAAACAUCCUGCCCAUGCUUUACACAAGCCCAAUUGAGACAAUCCUUUGCUUAGACAUCAACCAGAGCAUGUACUGCCAACUGCUUGUCGGUUUAAUACAGCGAGACGAGGUUGUAAGGAUUGGCUCAAUCUUUGCAUCUACAUUGCUAAGAGCUAUCAACUUUAUAGAAGAUCACUGGAAGGAGCUAUGCUCAAACAUAAAAACAGGUUACUUAAGCGAUCGGAUCACUGACUCGGGAUGCAAAAAUGCACUGUCAUUGAUCAUGAAGCCUGAUCCAGAGUUGGCUGAUUCAAUAGAAAACAUAUGUGGUUGUAGAUCAUGGGAAGGAAUAAUCAGAAAGCUUUGGCCUAAAGCAAAGUAUAUCGGUGCCGUUACUACAGGCGUUAUGAGACAAUAUACUACAGCACUCGAUUUCUACAGUGGAGGGCUCCCUUUAGUGUCAAGUUUUUAUGGUUGUUCUGAAGCCAUUUGUGGGAUCAAUUUAGAACCUCUAGACAAGCCUGCUGAUGUCUCUUAUACCAUCCUCCCCAAUAUGGCUUACUUUGAAUUCCUUCCGGUGAAGAAACACCGUGUGUCAAUGACUCAAGAGGUUCAAUUUAAUGGUGUGUCUGAACAGGAAUCCAUAGAAAUGAACAGCAACAAUGAAGAUAUUGAACCCGUAGAUCUUGUAAAUGUGAAGCUUGGUCAAUUUUAUGAGCUAGUUGUGACAACUUUUACAGGAUUAUAUCGAUAUAGAGUUAGAGAUAUUCUUAUGGUGACUGGUUUCCACAACAAUACACCUCAAUUCCGUUUUGUGGAGAGGGAAAAUGUUAUUCUAAGUGUUGAUGCAGAUAAAACAAGUGAAGCAGACUUAUUGAAGGCAGUGACAGAAGCAAAGACUCUGCUUGAACCGCUUGGCUUCAUCUUGACAGCGUACACUAGCUACGGUGAUAUGUCUUCAACUCCGGGUCACUAUGUAUUAUUUUGGGAGCUUAAGGUAAAGGAAGAUAACGAUAACAAAGAGCUUGAUCCAAAGAUGAUGGCAGAAUGUUGCUCUAGAAUGGAAGAAUCACUGAAUUAUACAUAUAAAAUCUAUAGGCAGCAAAAUGCAAUUGCACCUUUGGAGAUUAGGGUGGUAAAGCAAGGAACUUUUGAUGCCCUAAUGGAUUACUAUGUGUCACAAGGAGCUUCUAUGAACCAAUACAAGGCACCUAGCUGCAUCAAAUCUAAGGAAGCCUUAAAGAUUUUAGAUUCCAGAGUGAUAGGAAAGUUUUUUAGCCUAAAAACUCCCUUGUGAUUAGUUGCAUGCUUUUCCUAUGUUUUGUAUGAAGGGCCCAAAGCCUUUUGCAUGCUUAUCUAGAAGAAGUAGCUUUUGUUGUUCUAUUAGUACAAUCAGCCAUUCCAGUAGAAAACUUUGCAUUGUAAUUAGUUUUCUUCUUGAAUUUAAGUAAAUUUGCUUUUCUCGA